AACCACAACAAAAGAGAACAAGGCUCAACUCAACACAACCAACCCAACACAACACAACAGUGUACACAAAACAAAAGCAGUAAUGGCUAGUGCUUUAUCUGUAGGUUCAGGCUGUGCUUUUCCCUUUCACAACAACACCUCCUUGUCCAUGGCAGCCAAACCGUCACUCCUUCAGCUGAAGAAGCCUUUCGCUUCUAUAGGAACCGAAACAACACCGGCGGUGUCUCCGGCAGUUCAAACCUUCUGGCAGUGGCUGAAGGAAGAAGGCGUUAUCUCUGCCAAGACACCAGUGAAACCUGGUGCAGUCCCUGAAGGCCUUGGUCUAGUUGCCGUGAAAGACAUUUCAAGAAACGACGUGGUUUUGCAGGUGCCCAAGAGGCUCUGGAUAAACCCUGAUGCUGUUGCAGCUUCAGAGAUAGGGAACGUGUGUAGUGGGUUGAAGCCAUGGUUGGCUGUUGCGCUUUUCCUGACGCGAGAGAGGACAAGAGAUCAAUCUCUAUGGAAACACUACUUCAAGAUUCUGCCACAGGAAACUGAUUCAACUAUAUACUGGUCAGAGGAGGAGCUAUCGGAGCUUCAAGGUACUCAACUUCUGAAAACAACACUGGCUGUGAAGGAAUAUGUGAAGAGUGAAUUUCUGAGACUGGAAGAAGAAAUCAUUCUCCCUAAUAAGAAGCUUUUCCCUUCUCCUAUUACAUUGGAUGACUUCUACUGGGCAUUUGGAAUUCUCAGAUCAAGGGCAUUUUCUCGCCUUCGCAAUGAAAAUCUAGUUGUAAUUCCACUAGCAGACUUGAUAAACCACAGCGCCAGGGUAACUACAGAGGAUCAUGCUUAUGAAGUUAAAGGAGCAGCAGGUCUUUUCUCUUGGGAUUUCCUAUUUUCCCUAAGGAGCCCCCUUUCUGUCAAGGCUGGGGAACAGGUAUAUAUCCAAUAUGACUUGAAGAAAAGCAAUGCCGAGUUGGCUUUAGACUACGGUUUCAUUGAACCAACUACCGAGCGAAAUGCAUACAGCCUCACACUAGAGAUAUCUGAGGCAGAUCCCUUUUAUGGUGACAAAUUAGACAUUGCUGAGUCCAAUGGUUUCAGUGUGUCAGAAUCAUUUGAUAUCUUCUACAACCGCCCACUUCCACCAGGGUUGCUUCUGUAUCUGAGGCUAUUAGCGCUAGGAGGUACUGAUGCUUUCUUAUUGGAAUCAAUAUUCAGAAACUCCAUCUGGGGUCAUCUUGAAUUGCCUGUGAGCCGUGACAAUGAAGAGCUAGUAUGCCGUGUUGUUCGAGAAGCCUGCAACUCUGCCCUUGGAGGUUAUCAUACAACUAUUGAAGAGGAUCUGAAACUAAAAGAAACAAAUAUAGAUUCAAGACUUGCAAUCGCAGUUGGAAUAAGAGAAGGGGAGAAGUUGCUCCUGCAGCAAAUUGAUGAGAUCUUCAAGGAGAAAGAAUUGGAGCUGGACCAAUUAGAAUAUUAUCAAGAAAGGAGGCUCAAGGAUCUUGGACUUUGCGGAGAAAGUGGUGAUGUUCUUGGGGAUCUUGGAAAAUACUUUUAAAUUUGCAGGAAGCAGUUAAAGACACACCAAAUCAUUGGUAAGUAAUGGAUGGAAUCUACCGAUACGAAUGCACCUUGGAUUCAAUCAAUCUUAAAAAUGAUUAUAAUCAAGUUUUAGACUCAGCUCCAUUUAUUGAUUACAACCCAUUACUUGAAAGCUUCAUGUACAUGUAAAGAGAAAAUGUAAUGCAUGUAUACACUUCUAUAUUGGUGCUAAUUUGUAAAGCAGUUGACCUUCGCGGGGCUAAUGAGAUUGAACUUUAGAAGGCAUGAUGUGAUCCUGAGGCUGCUACAUGAGUUAUUAUAGUACUAUUUUGAAUGGCCAUUUGUAAAUAUUAGAAUUGAUUUUUCCUACUAUAAUCAACAGAUGUGGCAUUUCAGGA